UUCCUCAGCCAGCCCAACAAACCCGCCCCGGCGCCCGCCACCGUCCCCGACCAGCGAAACCGCCUCCCGCUCCUCCCCACCUCCCUCCUCCUCCUCCACCUUCUCUCGGCCUCGUCGCGGACGCCUCCCCCGGCUGCUCGGUUUCCUCCUCCGAGGCCCUCUCCCUCGCCGUCUCCUGUUUCCAGGCGACAGGCGUGAUGGUAGAGGAGAAGAGGGAGAGGGCGGAGGAGGCGUCCGACAGCCCGCAGAAAUCCCCGCGCCUGGACCCGCUGGCUGGUCCUGGAUGCAGCGACGCGCCUGCGUCUCCGACGGAGUCGAGCGACGAGUGGCCAUCGUCCGGGGAAGCGGAGGCGGGGACCAGCAGCGACAGUAUCGGCGACGGCGGGCGGUGCGAGCACAUACGCUUGGACCGCGAACUCCUGGAUAUGCACGUGUAUUAUCUCACGGAGCAGCUGGAGGUGCGCCGGACGUGCCAUCUUAGUAAGUGCAAGACGACCUGGAAGGGCAACGAAGGGAUGAUGAAGUGCAUAGACUGCUCCAGAUUCUUCUGCUCUGGGUGGCCGGUGAACAGGGAAAGUCCGCAGGAGCAUGCCCUCUGGCACGCCGGCGAGAACACGCAUUGGGUUGCUCAGUGGUGCGAUGAACCGAAUUUGGGAUACUGCUUCUUGUGUGCGCGCGGUAUGAGGCUCAGUGACCGGAGCGAAGAUGACUAUGCAGUGGCGGCCAGAAACAAAAAGGAUCAGCAAGGACUGGGGGAUAGCGUUGCAAAGGAUGGCUGGGGAUCGGUGUCCGGCAUUGCAAAGGAUGGGUGCGAGACGGGGGGCAAGAACCCGCAGAACCCUGAGAACACGCAGAAAUACCCGCACCUGGACCUGCCUGCGUCCAAGGCACCUGUGUUGUUGAGCGAGUCGCCAUCGACUGGGGAAGCGGAGGAGACCAGCGACUGCACAUACGACAUCGGGUCGUGCGAGCACUUGUUCAAGGACAGGGAGGAGCUGGAUGAUAUGGUGCUUGAUAUCAAGACCGCCGAGAAGCUCCCAGAGUGCGAGCAUUUCCUGUGCACGACCACCUGCACCUGGAGGGGAGCUGCUGCUAGGUUCAUGGUGUGCACGGAGUGCACCUCUACAUUCUGCACCGGGGAGAAGGGGGGCAUGGAAAAUCCGCAGGGACACGCCCGCUUGCACGCCACCAGGGACUACCAUUGGGUUGCUCUGUGGUACGAUGAACCGUAUAAGGGCUACUGCUUCGAGUGUGGGCACGUUCUGAAGCUCGGUCAGGACAAGCUGAGCGAUGAUGAGUGGGCAGCUCUGGCCAGAAAUAAAAGGGUUGAGCGGGCAAUGUGGGCCAGCAAUGGAUGGGAUGUGUGGGGAACGGUGCCCGAGAGUUAUGCAAAGGAUUCGUGGGCAAUAGUGACCGGCAAUGAUGCGUCUGGGUAUGCUAAUGGGAAUGGCUGUGUUAUCAGAGGGUUGCCGAAUCUUGGAAACACAUGCUACAUGAAUGCACUGCUUCAGUGCCUCCUUGCGCUCGGUGAGCUGAGGACAACGAUUUUAGGACCGGGUGCUCGGCUGGGGAGCAUUGGUCUGCACCUGAAGCAAUUAUUUGUGGAGACAAGCAGCACAAAUGAUGCCAGGCACGCGCUGGAUCCAGAGAUGCUAUUGGAAGGUAUGCGGGUGUUUAAUCCACAGUUCAAGGGCUCUUAUAUGCAGGACAGCCAAGAGUUUCUUACAUCUUUGCGCACUGCUUUGGAGGAGGAGACGAAGGACCUAAACAAAUUGCAUGGGGGUGCAGAGUUUCGUCCAAUUGGCAAUUCCAUUUUCGGGGGCUGGCUGCGUCAGACCUUAUACUGCAUAAGUUGCUCAACUAAUUCAGUUUUGGAUCUGCAAUUCGAUGAGCUCCAACUGGCACUGCCAUCAAAGGAUUGUCCAGCCAGAAGUGUUACGUUACCACCAAUGACCAGAAGCGGUGGAUCUCCGACGAAGACUCGUAAGGAACUAUUCCAACAAACCGACAAGACUGAUGGAGAAAAGAUUCAAACAAUUGCUGAAGGCUGUGAUUCUCAGUUUCCUGGUUCAGAAUUUGGAGAUGAGGCCAUGGAGAAAAUACCCAAGCCUUCACAAGUUGAUUCUACUAAAGUGGAGGAUGUUGCACACGGUCGUUUGCAGACUCAGAAGAAUGAUGUCCCACGAGAGAUCAUUGAAGUGCCAAUAAAAGCUCUUGAUUUCAUUCCUAACUUGUUUGAUGACACUGAAGGAAUGGAUGAAUCAAUAGUAGAUCCUCACAGUCCAAAAAAUACUGGUCCACCUCCACUUGUUGAUAUAGAAGCCAAGGAGAGCACUUACUCAGUAGAACCUACUACAGAAGACAAGGGGAGAGCUCAGAGCAGUGAUAUUACUGAUGAUGAGGCAGUACAUAUGAACUCUGUUGCAUCGCUCGAGGACUGCUUGACACUUCUUUGCUAUUGUCCAAUGGGAUGGAAAUGUGGUAACUGUUCCAAGGUUGUUGAGCUGCCGAGAACAAAUGGAAGUGAAAAUGGUCAACCGAUGAUAGCAAGUACCAAUGUAAAUCCAACAGUUGAAGGAGACCAGACUGAACUAUCAGACAGGAAAACAUGCCCAAGUGAGCGAUCUAAUGAUUUGAAUAGCUUGUUGGUAGAAUGUACUUCUCCAAGUAGACAACCACAUGGUUCAGAUGCACAUCAUCAAGUUAUUCUUUCUGAGAACAGAGUUCGUGAAGAAAUCACUUCAGGGAUGAGCUAUGAUGAAAAGAACUCGGCCUCUUGCUGCACUACCAAUAGAAAACCUGAAAGUCAGGAAGCUGCACCUAGUUCCUUUCCAACUCAUAAACAGACUGACCUGUUGAGUACCCAGGAUAGUCAGGAUACCAGCGAAGGCAGUGGGAAGCAGGUAAAGCUGGAUGAUCAUAGUGCACAACAAGCGGAAGAAAACCAAAGUGAGCAGAAACAUGGGACUGGUGGUUUUCAAAUACAAUUGGUUACUAAGCUGCCACCUGUACUAACCAUUCAACUGAAGAGAUUCACCAAUGCUCUUUCUAAAACGAGAGGACAUGUGAGCUUUAAGGAGAUUCUUCAUGUAGAACCGUUCAUGGACCCCAGUUCCGAGGACAAAGGUAACUCCAGCUAUCGCCUAGUCGGUGUCAUUGAGCACCAUGGCCACGCCUUGAAUGUAGGGCACUACGUUGCUUAUGUGAGGGCAGGUCGCAAGCAGCAGAGCAGUGGUUCUUCCUCAUGGGUUUGCGCAACCGAUCGCGACAUCAAGGAAGUCCCUCUAGAAGAAGUUCUCGGGUGCGAGGCGUACAUGCUUUUCUAUGAGAGGAUGGAUGGCCGAGGCAUAUCUGUGAGCCUACCCACCAACUAACCAGACCAGAUGGACAACGAGAAAGGAUGCUCAAGUUUGAGAUUAGCAAGCAUGGCAAUUGCCAAGUGUAGAUAGAUACACAGCGUAGUCAUCACGUCCAAUUUUGUUGCUUUAGCUGAGUCAUUGCAGGACUUUGCAUCGGUUGCAGCAUGUAGAUUGCAGGUCUGAUGGUCUGUUCACACUGUUCAUACCAUUUUUCUUUUUUUGCGGUGAACAUAACCAUUUUUCUGUCCAUGAGAAACUCAUUUUUUUGUGAAAAAAAAGAACACUGGAUCUGUUUUGUUACAA